AUGCUUCCACAAUCUGCUGAGGAAGAUUCCAGCAUUGACUCUGAGGAAGAAUCUGUUCAGUCACAGAGUCAUGAUGAAGACCCAGCAAUGAGGCAGCUUUUGGGAGCCAGGGAGACCCAGGAGGCUUUGAUUGAAAGGAGCUUCCAUGCCGGAGCACAGAGGGAAGCCUUGUGCCCAGCUCACAUCUGCAUCCGUAUUCAUUCCAGGGUCACCGGCCUUGACUCCGAUUUCAGCCCGCCCUCGACCAAAAAUCCGAGCUGCAGACGGACGUUUCUAAAGGUCGGGUUCGCUGAGCCGGGAAAUCUCCCGACUCUGAGCAUCCGAUCCGCGGACGAAAAUCUGAGCACCUUAAAGAACCAGGUAAUGCCUCCAAAGAAGAAAAGUUUUGUAAAGAAAAAGAAGAAAAAGGUCACCAAAACAGAACCUCAAAAAACUUCAGAGAGUAACAAGAAUCCUCCGGACCCUCUUAAAGCUGAUUUUGUACCCCCACCCUCUAUGCUGAGGGAGAAGAUAUUGGCUUUCCUGCAGGACUGGAAAGCUGAACAGCAGGAAAUGGUUAGGGGAAAGCUGUCUGAUAAAAUCCACCAGGAACUGACAACCCAGGACAUCAGGGACCUCAGGCUCGUGUUUGACACCAUGGACACAAGUAACACAGGGUAUCUUAGUACAACUGAGGUUUAUGCAGCUCUGCGGACCCUAGGAUUUAGUGUCAGCCAUCAGGAACUGAGAAAAACGCUGAGGAAUUUGUGGGAGUCGAAAGAAGAGAAAGUAAAUUUCUCUGACUUCCUUCAGAUUGUAGUGGAACGCCAGGGAGAUUCCAGAGACACCUACGAGGAGAUUAAACAGGGAUUCAGUCUAUUUGACUGUGAUGGUGAUGGAAAGAUAACCUUUGACAACCUCAAAGACGCUUGCAAAUCUGCAGGUGUCCACUUCUCACACCAAGAUUUGCGGGAAAUGAUCAAAUAAGUGGACACUAAUGGUGAUGGUACAGUGGACAUGGAAGAGUUCAUCAAUCUCAUGCUUCAGACAAACCUGUUUUGACUGACCAACCACCUCAAGGCAUUUUCGCUUUGUUAGCAGCUUCAUUCCUAUUUGAAUGUUAACUAUUUCUCUUUGUACCUGGACAAAUCUACCUUCUUAUUCUCAAUCAAACCAAGGAAAGACCAGAAAGAACAUAAUUGUUUUUAAGGUAUAGAUAAAAACCUUAUGCUGUCAUCUGUUUCUCGGUUGACAUUUUAAAAUGUAAAAAGAUAAUUCCCCUUUUCAUCCAAAAUGACUUUCCUGGAUGGAAGAAGG